CUCUGGCACGCAAUUUGUGAAAUCCAGCGUUGCAUUCACUGGACGCAGUGAUUAGUCGACAGUAGCUCAUGUUGUACGCGUUUUACUACUAAAAUUUUACGAUAAAUAAAAUAUGGAAUCAGUGUUCAUCAAAAUCAUAGUGCUCACCACCCUACAAUUGACGUUCGCGUUAUCUGCAGAGGAACCCGAAUGUGGCCAACGUUCGGUAACACAUGUGCCGUUGGUUUACGGAGGCACUGAUUCGGCAGAAGGCGAGUGGCCCUGGCAUGCGGGCGUGUUCUUCCGCAAUGGUACCACCGGUGCCACUACUUAUUGGUGUGGAGGCACUCUAAUCGCCACGAACUACGUGCUAACGGCAGCGCACUGCACAUUCUCACUCCAGAUAGCGCUGCCUGCAACGGCACUAAUAGUGAAACUUGGAUUGGUCAAUCUGAACUCCCCUGGUCCGUUAGCCCGUAACUACAGCUUGAUCGAAAUAAUACGACAUGGCCGGUAUAAUCCGGAAAACUAUCAAUACGACAUCGCUCUUUUAAAAACGUCCGUGGAUGUGAUGUUCUCGGACUACAUUCAACCAAUCUGUUUACCUACUGGUGAUGAUAGGCAGGAGUUCGUGUCAGGUGUGGUUGUGGGAUGGGGUUACGGCGAUGGGAACAUUCUGAAACCGCUACUUCAACGGGCAACGCUGGGAGUUGUGGAUGAGCGCGUGUGCUUGCGGAGCAAUGCUGAACGAAUUUCCCGAAUACUCGCUGAAGACGGCAGCAAUUACUGUGGUGGUAAUCGAAAUAAAACUAAUGUUUGUGAGGGGGAUAGUGGCGGCGGAAUGUACGUUAAUGUGGAGAAAUCUUGGUUCUUGCGUGGAGUAACUAGUAGCGGCGUUCCGGCAAACUCUAUGCAAAGUGAGAGAUGUGAUACAACCGAGUAUGUGACGUUCAGUAAAGUUGCGUUUUUCUCUGAGUGGAUCAGCACCGUUCAGAACGCGAAGAAAAAUAACCUUCUGGAUCUUGCCGACUGUGGAACGGAUUAUAAUGAUAUCAGCGUUCCCGAAAGUGACAAACCAUUGUUUGCACAGUAUCCGUGGGUAACAAUCCAGGAAUACAAAGUUCCAAACGCCAGUGAUGUUCGGACAGUAUGCAGCGGUGUGUUGAUCCACCCUCAAUUCGUUCUUACAGCGGGACAUUGCAUAUGCAGGUCAUGCAAUAACACGACGCUCAAAUCUGUACGACUCGGAGAGUACGAUUUGGCUGUCAAUCCAGACACUGAGGAAUUGUUGGGUGAACCAACAACGACCUUUACGCAGACGAUUGACGUCGAGGAAAUCAUUCAUCAUCCCAACUUCAACAACCCAAGGUAUAGCAACGACAUCGCGAUCCUAAAAUUAUCUCAUCCGGCUGAUUUGGACACCAUCAACGUGAAGACAAUAUGUUUGCCAUUACUGCGAGAUUACAGCAAUGAACAUGUCAUUUCUGGGUGGAAACGAGUCAACACUGCCCUCACCACGCUACAACGAGAAAGUGCCCGAGUGCUGGAUGUUGGCAAGUGUCGCGAACGGUAUCGGGGAAUCGGGGUUAAUCUGACUCUCGCGAAUAGUUUGCUAUGUGUUGAGAGCGAGAGAUCAGUCGACGAUUGCUACAAUUUCUUGGCUGGAACCCCACUGAAGUACCUGAAGAAUGUCGACGGAACGAACAGGUACUUCUUGAAAGGAAUCUACGCGUUUGGUUCAUCCCGUUGUGGUCCCACUUUGGCAGACGUUUAUGUGGAUGUUGAUUUCUACUCACGUUGGAUUGAAGACGUGGAUAUCACUAACAGUUUCAGUAAAACCCCAACCAGAUGCAUCAAAAAGGAAUUACCUGCCUGGCUUGAAGAGCUAGAAGAAAUAUACCAAAUGUACUUAGUGAAGGGAGACAACAACGCUCCCGACACGAUACCCAGCCACUAUAUGAGGGCUAUUAAAAAUAAAAUAAAAGGUGAUGCGCGCACCGUUCUAUGCGCAAACGGAAAUCCUAAUACCAUACCUGGCAUAAAACGGGUUCUGUCGGAAAUUUAUGGCGAUCAGAAAGAUCUAGCCACAAACUUGUCUCACCUAUUUCACAUGAAACGAGGUGAUAGAAAUAACCAUAAAUUUUAUACGGAUGUAAAAGAAUUAUCCACAAAAAUCAAGAUGAACCUAUCGCUUAAUCCACUGCAAACAAAUGAUCUGAUUGAAAUACUAAUAGUUACCAAAUAUUUAGACAACAUAGGCGAGCCACUCGCAUCCAUAAUAAGACAAUCCAAACCUACCACAUUAGAAGAUGCAUACCAAUCGGUAUGCAUCAACCAAAACGCUGAGGUGCGAAAUCGCCCAUCAUACAGUAAAUUCCCACGACAAAAAGACAACUACAAAGACAAACCGAACAGCAACGGCGAAGCGAAAUCCAAUCCCCCUCGCUUCAAACCCGCGGCAAAACCAUUUCAUAAGAACAAAGCCGAAGUUCACAAUAACGAAGUGAACGACGACACCGACAACGACAAAGACAAUGACGAUGACGAUGACACUGAUUUCAGAUCAGUAGGUUUGCUCUUUUGCUUAGAUGAACUCACACAACAAUUAGAAGAUUUAGAGGAGGCAAUAGUUUUGGCUCAACACAACAUCCCAAGCAGCAGAAUUAUCAAUGCAGAGGAAAUCACGAGAAUUCAUCAUCUUCUGGAAGGAAACAAUUUUAUAGCAGGAGCCUUGGACUUCGCUAGUGCAUACGUGGUUUCAUCCAAGGAAUCCAUUGCCUACAUACUGAAGGUACCACGAAUCAAGGAUGCUGAAUAUGAUCUCAACUUCAUCGAACCAGUUAUCUUCAAUAACUCCCGUAUAUCCAUCUCAACCAACUAUUAUCUACAAGGUCCGUCAUCUUUUGCGCUAAAAUCCCUCUGCGAAAUGAGUAGAAACGUCUAUGUAUGCUCAAGUACGCAGCUUGAACCAAUAACCAAAUGCAUUCAACAAUUGAUGAGAGGUGAAUCAGCUACAUGCCCAAUGGAAAGAACCUACACCAAUGGUAUUAUCAAACGAGUCGAUGACUCAAACGUGAUUAUCAAUGACGCGGAAAUAUCAAUAACAUCGAACUGCUCAUCGAAUCAUAGAAAACUUAAGGGAUCUUUCCUCGUACAGUUUUCAAACUGCACACUUUUUAUCAACGACGAAAUGUACUCCAACAUUAAUAAAGAAGUUCAACUGGCAUCAUUCGUUCCAACAACGGGAUUGACGAUAUAUUCUCAACGCGCAAUCUCUGACUCGCGCAACUUAAGAGUGCCAGCGUUGCGUUUCCUGAACGCAGUGAUUAGUCAACAGCAGUUCAGGUUGUACACGUUCAAACUACUCGAGUUCUACGAUGGAUUAAAUAUGGAAACAGUGUAUAUCAGAAUAAUAGUGCUCACGUUCCUACAAUUGACAUUCGCGCUACCUCCUCGCGGACCCAAAUGUGGCCAACGUCCGGUAACGCAUUUGCCGUUGAUUUACGGAGGCAUCGAUUCGGAAGAAGGUGAAUGGCCCUGGCAUGCAGGCGUGUUCUUCCGCAAUGGUACCUCCGGUGCCACCAGUUACUGGUGUGGAGGCACUCUGAUCGGCUCGAAUAUCGUAGUAACGGCAGCGCAUUGCACGUUCUCACGCCGUGUAGCGCUGCCUGCGACAGCACUUAUGGUUAAACUUGGGUUGGCCAAUCUGAACUCACCCGGUCCUUUAGCCCGUAGCUACAACUUGAAAGAAAUAAUACGCCAUGGCCGGUAUAAUCCGGAAAAUUUCAAAUACGACAUAGCCCUUUUGAAAACGUCCGUGGAUGUGAUGUUUUCGGACUAUGUUCAACCAAUUUGUUUACCCGCUGGUGAUGAUAGGCAUGAGUUCGGGUCAGGUGUGGUUGUGGGAUGGGGUUACGGCGAUGGGAACAUUCUGAAACCGCUACUUCAACGGGCAACGCUCGGCGUUGUGGAUGAUUACACGUGCUUACGGAGCAAUGCUGAACAUUUUUCCCGAUUACUCGCUGAAGACGGCAGCAAUUACUGUGGUGGUAAUCGAAAUAAGACUAAUGUUUGUGAGGGCGAUAGUGGCGGCGGAAUGUACGUUAAUGUACAGAAAUCAUGGUUCUUACGGGGAGUAGCCAGUACCGGCGUUCGAGCAAACUCUAUGGAAAAAAAGAGAUGCGAUACCACCGAGUAUGUCACGUUCAGUAACGUUUCGUUUUUCUCCGAGUGGAUCAGCACCGUUCAGAACGCAAAGAAAAAUAACCUUCUGGAUCUUGCCGACUGUGGAACGGAUUAUAAUGAUAUGAGCGUUCCAGAACGUGACAAACCAUUGUUCACACAGUAUCCGUGGGUAACAAUCCAGGAAUACAUAAUUCCAAACGCCAGUGAUGUUCGGACAGUAUGCAGCGGUGUGUUGAUCCACUCUCAAUUCAUUCUUACAGCGGGACAUUGCAUAUGCACUUCAUGUAAUAACACGACACUGAAAUCCGUACGACUCGGAGAGUACGAUUUGGCUGUCGAUCCUGACACGGAAGAAUUACUAGGUGAACCAACAAAGACCUUCACGCAGACGAUUGAUGUCGAGAAAAUUAUUCGGCAUCCCAAAUUCAACAAUCCGAAGUAUAGUAAUGACAUCGCGAUCCUAAAAUUAUCUCAUCCGGCUGAUUUGGACACCAUCAACGUGAAGCCAAUAUGUUUGCCAUUAGUACAAGACUACAGUAGUGAGCUUGUCAUUUCUGGGUGGAAAAGAGCCAACGCUGCCCUCACCACGCUACAACGAGAAAGUGCCCGAGUGCUGGAUGUUGACAUGUGUCGCAAACCAUAUCGUGGAAUCGGGGUUGAGCUGACUCCCGCGAAUAGUUUGCUAUGUGUUGAAGGCGAGAAAUCAGUCGGCGAUUGCUACAAUUUCUUGGCUGGAACUCCACUGCAAUAUGUGAAGAAUGCCGACGGAAUGAACAGAUACUUCUUGAAAGGAAUCUACGCGUUUGGUUCAUCCCGUUGUGGGGACACCUUGACGGACGUGUAUGUGGAUGUUAAUUUCUACUCCCAUUGGAUUGAAAGGGUGAUAAAAUCAGAAUCGGGCCAAUAGUGGCCAUUUGAAUUUUUGAAUGUUAGUUUCUCAAAACCGUUAGUAUAUACAAUUUUACAACAA